AUGCAGCGUGCAACACAAGCGUCAAGGCCAGCGUAUUGUUCGAACCCAAGAUUGCAAGCCGUGGUGUCGCAGGAUUCAGAAGGCUGGAUGAACACUUCGUUACCUGGUGCGGACAAAAAUCCUCGUGCUGUUAACUACCUUUCAGGUCCUUUUCUCGCUGGUCAUGGUGCUCUACGUCCGAAUUCCAAUGCAUCACGAUACAGUACAGCAAUGACCGGUGGCAUGCCGCCUCUCAAUGCGACUCAAACCGGUCCUGUGCGUCCCGAGCCGACACGAAGAUAUUCGGUACCGUACCUUGGUCAUCAAAAUCAGGGUCGCGAAAAUCAACGUCCUGUAGUGGGCCCUCCUCAACGGCCACAGGCGGUAAGGGGUACACAUCGCAGCGUAGGUAACCCUCUCUCGCACCAAUCUCAAACCGUUUCGCACCCAACCAUCUCAAAACCUGCGACGUGUACAACGGCUCUCUCACAAAAUGGACGCUCUUCAAAUGACUGGCCAACAAUGCAAGCGGACCAUCCUCACCAACGAAAUCCUGCAAAACCGUUUUAUGGGCCUCAACGUCAACCAUUCGUUCCCUUGGACAACAUACCAGAAGAAAAUCUACCCAAUGGCGGCGGCUUUUCUCCUUUUCCUCUGCUUCCCGACACAGGACGGCAAGCCGUUGAUACCUCAAUGAAUCAAAUUUCCAGGACUCCCCGCGGCUGGACGGAAAACGCAGACCCUGCUCAUGAUGAAAACGUCGAGCGUAUUAUGCAGGCCCUCGAAUAUCAUCCAACAUUACCAGCAGAUCCUUCGAACGACGUGCUUCCGACACUGGCAGGAGACAAUCAUCACGAUUCAAGGUUAUCACAGCUUCUCUCCGUCGCUGUGCCCUAUCAGGCGGUAGUCAUGCCCAGGCCGGCAUCUCUGGACAACAUCUUGGACAACGGCACGAUUCAAAUACCCUCCGCUGCGAUGGAGAUCAUGGACCAAGGCGGCGACAAAAUGGACGAGUUGGGACGAACACUACUGGAUCAUCUACUCUCGUUUGCUUGCACUGCUUCUAUGUUGACUAGGAUGGCCCUGCAAAUGCUUCGUCAAGCAGAAACACGCUAUGGACCACAUGCCGAAAUGCAAUUACGAUUAUCGUUAACCAGUAUACUCAUGACAGCGUACCGACAGUACUUCGUUGGGGAAGGUUCGAUUCUCAGUGACCGGCUAUCCAUCACCCUCGCGGAGGCUGUAGGGGAGUUUUUCGUUUCAGGACUUCUUGAUGGACAAGAUUUUUUCGUCGCCCUGGACACACUUCUCACACCAUCCGCACAUAAUCAUAUAGCGGCUAUGAGCGCUAUUCUCGGCAGUUACAACGACAUGUUGUUCCGUCCAGCUCACAGCGCACUUUUCCACGUGUUCUGCGAGAAGCUAGCACAAAAUGCCAAUGGAAUAUAUGUUCAUGGUGAAGGCAUAAAAAAUGGACAGGCAAUUGUUAUGGGGAUUGUAGGGAGGCUUCGAGCUGGGUCGGCAUGGUCGGCUUUCCAACAGUCACUAAAUCCACAAGCUGAAUGA